AUGGCUGACGCUGGCACUCCCUCCAACACGGCCCAGCUGCCUCCUCCGCCUGAGCCCAAUGCUGGUGCCCAGGGCUUUCAAGGCGGCCAGAAUGGCAGCCAGGCUCUUCCUCCUCCGCCUCUGCAUAUCCCUCAGAACACCAACCCGAUCCCGACUGCCAUCACUUCGCCCAUGUCUGGCGACCAGGGAGGCAUCAUGUCUCCCACCAGCGCGGGAGGCUUCCGCCGUGCCGCCCCUGAGCCUAACAAGCGCGCCCUCUACGUCGGUGGUUUGGACCAGCGCGUGACAGAGGAUGUGUUGCGUCAGAUCUUUGAGACUACGGGUCAUGUCCAGAACGUCAAGAUCAUCCCUGACAAGAAUGCGCGGGGCUACAACUACGGAUUCGUCGAGUAUGAUGACCCUGGUGCUGCUGAGCGUGCUAUGCAGACCCUGAACGGACGACGGGUUCACCAAUCGGAAAUUCGAGUCAACUGGGCGUAUCAGUCAAACACAGCAAACAAGGAGGAUACUUCCAACCACUUCCACAUUUUUGUCGGCGAUUUGUCCAACGAGGUCAACGACGAGGUCCUUCUCCAGGCCUUCUCUGCUUUUGGUUCCGUCUCUGAGGCUCGUGUCAUGUGGGAUAUGAAGACUGGCCGUUCUCGAGGUUACGGUUUUGUCGCCUUCCGGGACCGACCUGACGCCGAGAAGGCCCUGAGCUCCAUGGACGGCGAAUGGCUGGGCUCUCGAGCCAUCCGAUGCAACUGGGCGAACCAGAAGGGCCAGCCGUCCAUGGCUCAACAGCAGGCCAUGCAGGCCAUGGGCAUGACCCCUACCACUCCCUACGGACACCACCAAUUCCCAGCGCAUGGCGUCGCUAGUUACGAAGUCAUCCUGACCCAAACCCCCAGCUGGCAGACCACCUGCUACGUCGGAAACCUCACCCCUUACACAACCCCCAACGAUGUUGUGCCGCUGUUCCAGAACUUUGGCUUCGUCGUCGAGUCGCGAUUCCAGGCCGACCGUGGAUUUGCUUUCAUUAAGAUGGACACACACGAGAAUGCCGCCAUGGCGAUCUGCCAAAUGAACGGAUACAAUGUCAACGGCCGACCCCUCAAGUGCAGCUGGGGCAAGGACAAGACGCCCAACCCUCAGGGAGGAUUUGACCCUUCUCAGCCAUACAGCCCCCAGAGUGCUCAAGCUCCUCAAUACCCGGGUACGCCUACCUUUUACCCCCAGUAUGGUGCCCAGUACGGCGGACAGCCCGGUAACUACGGCGGCCCCCAGACUGGUUCGCCGGCAGGCUACGGAGGAUCCCCGAUGGGAUACGCCGGUCCCCAGAGCGCCGGAGGCUACGGACGGGGCCAGCAGCCCCCCAACGCCGAAUGGGCGCAGCCUCGCCCCGGACAAAACUUCAACAACGGAUUUGGCGGUUACCAGGCCUAG